CUUGUUUCCACAAGUCAAACGUCAACCAAGAGAUUUAUAAUUAUUUUUAUUUUUAUAUUACUAUCUUAUAUGCCAAAAAUGAAAUAGACACUCAAAAUUAAUCAUCUAGUAUAAGUAAUUAUAAUUUAGGUUUUUCGGUAUUUGGAACGUAAAAUGGGAACGCUGACAGCUGGAAAGUCGUGCCGCUGUUGUGUAGUGGGUCCGAAAGGGGAAAAAGUGUCUCCCAAGAAGAAGCUGUUGACCAGAGCUAUAGAAAGUUUCUAUGACAACUGUGCUGCGUACAACCUAAGAUACAUCCCCUACCGAACGAUGACCGACCAGACCUGCCUCCAGACCAUCGUGAAAGACUUCGUGCUGCUUUUCUGUUUCUUCGUCACGAAUUUCGUCGUGUUCCUGACCAUUCUGAGCAGGAUUGCUAUGCAUUUGUGCGAUCUUAGCUUGGAAGCUUUCGAAUGGACCAAAGAAAUAAUAAGGUCCCAGCACAAAGCGAGCCACAAGAAGUUGCUCACUCUCCGUCAAGAGCAGGCUCCCGAGGAUUUCUGCCGGAACCCUCGGAAUAGAGCUCAUUAACCGACACCAUAAAGGUGCUUCGGGAUAACUUCGAAUGCGUUUAGACCUAGAACUAUUUCUAGAAAAAACGAAGGAUUGACAGCAAAAUGAAACAUUGAUCAACCUUUAUCUAAUUAUAAUAGGGAAUAUUGCGCGAAACACUGCGUAGGGGGCGCCACUACCACAAUCCAUCACAAUCUGAGGGUCUACCGCGAAACAAGAAAAUCGAAAUUUCGUUAUCUAACCUCUCUAUCACUCUUGCAUAUUCGAGCAAUGAAGAGGCAGAUAACUAAAUUCCGAUUUUCGCGUUUGUGCGCGCGCGCAACCAACCGCCUUGAUGCAUCAAUGUCAUAUUUUAUUAUCUGUGAAAACUUGUAAAAAAACAGUUUAACGAACGGAGGGCCUACCGCGAACCACGUUCAACGUGUUACCUCUCUGUCGCACUUGUGAAUUCGUACGUAAGUGCGACACGGAGGCAACACGUCGAACUUGGUUCGCAGUAAGCUCUCAGUAUUAGCACACACACACACACACACACACACACACACACACACACACAUACACAUGUUUAGAUUUAUAAGUUAAAUUUCUCAGUAUUAAUGAUACUAAAGUUUUUCAAUUUUUAUCUAAAAUUUAUAUAAAUAAAACAUCUCCUGCAAUUAAAUUUUUGGGGAGGAGCGCUGUUUACCCUAAAGUACAGGUUAUACCUAUUUAGGAAGCAGAGUUUCUAAUUUAAGGAAAUCUAUGUAAUUUGAUGUUUAUGAAAUAAAUUCAUUAAAUUCAUUAAAAAAAAAAA